GAACCCAGCCGCCUUCACGCGCCGAGGCCCGGCCGCAGCUUCCCAUGAGGCCCCCAGCAGCACCCAGCUCGACCUCUCUGUAUGGGGCCCACCUCUCAUGAUCUGACAUGGAGGAUGAAGAUGGGACUUGUCUACUUGAUGUUUUGUGUGACCCCCAGGCUCUAAAUGACUUCCUUCAUGGGACCAAUGAGCUGCAGGCAGAGGACCUGCUCAUUAACUCCGCCUCUGGGGAGCCCUCCAUCUUCACAGAUGCCCCGAGCCCCGUAUCUCUCCUGGGAGAUGGCGGGGAUUCCCCCGGCACACCUCCCGCCGGCUGUGUGGAUCUGUCCUUCCUGGAGGAGGCCCUCCUGUCCUCUCCGGAGGCUGAAGAGGAGCCGCAUGGAGCGCAGGUCGGGCCGCCUGUCGAGGGGAAGGACGGGGAGGUGGAGGAGGCGCAGGAGGCCUGUGAUAUCCUCCAGCAGAGUCUGCAGGAGGCUGAGAUCACGGAGCAGACCAUGGCUCUGGAGGCCGGUCUGGCACCCCCAGGGGACGGUCUGUCGCUGUACUCCCCCACGCCUCUCCUCUCUCCCCCCGCUGUCCCCUUCGUACCCAAACCCCUGACCCUGCCUGUCACCUCGGCGCUGCCCAGAGACACCCAAACAGCCGUGGAGCCCCCCCAGCCCUCCCUGCUGGCCGUCGGGCCCGGCUGUCCCUCGCUAAAACCUGCCGCCCCUCCCCAGCUGAUGGGCCUGCUGCCGGGAAAUGUCUUCCCCACCGGAGCCCCGGAGGCUUCCUUCUCCUUGAGUCCGGCUCAGGGGUCCAGCAUGAUCAUCCACAAGCCCGUGCCCAGUGUCACCGGCCGCCCCCUCAUCACCCCGGCAGUGAGGGCGACAGCCCCCACAGCGCCAGGCAUCGUCCUGCAGCGGGCCCCUCUCCCCAUCCAACCCAAGCUGCCCAUCAGCAUCCAGCCCAGGCUGGUUCAGAUCAGCCCCAAGCCUUCAGGCCAGAAAGCCAUUCCUGCUUUAAAUUUUGUCCCUGGAACUGCCUCACCAAAUAUUUUACUGUCCCAGGCCCCGGGCCAAAAGGCAGCAGUGGCGGCGGCGCCACAGACGGCCCAGCACCUCCCCAAACCCGUCAGCCUGCAGCUGGUCAACCAGGGCGGCUCCUUUGUGCUUCAGCCUCAAGGACUCUUCCAAGGCCAAAACCAGUUCCUUCUUCCGGGUCAGUCCCCCGUGACGAUCUCCCAGCCGGCCGGGGCAGCCCAACCCCUUCUGACCCCAAGUCAGCAGGGCCCGUCCUUUCACAGCGUGGCGCCCUCUGCUGGCCAGCUAGUAGACGGCUCUCAGAUCCUGGCCGUCCCCCAGAGACAGCUGAACUUUGGUCCGGUCUUCACCACCCCCACCGGGCAGCUGGCGCUCCGCCAGGCCACCGUGCUGUCAGGGGCCCUGCAGCUGCAGUCGGCCCCCGCCGCCGUCUUCCAGAUGCCGGCGCAGCUGACUGGAACGUACACCCCAGGAGGGGUGGGGCAGCGAGCCACCCUGCUCCACAGUCCUGCUCUGGGAAACCACAUUACCCUGAUCAACAGUUCGGGGGUGCUUCCCUCCGAUCUCACCUCCAUCUCCAUCCUCAAUGGCCCCUCCCUUUAUCAAGGGUUACCUUUUGCAGCGCAGGCCCCCGCUCCUCAGCCUGGAGGGGCAGACGGACAGUUACGUCUGCAGCAGGGGUCUGUGGUUCUGCUGCCUGAACGGGCCGGUCCAGAAGAGCGGAGCGGUGCAGACGAGGCCUUCCAGCCGCUGCGACAGCCCUUUGGACCCGUGGCCCAGCACGUGUCCGUGCAGAACCCCUCUGCGGGACUGCAGUCCUCACCCUCUCCGGUAGUGACGGUCCUACAGCCCCCUCCUGAGCCUCCUCUAGAUGUGCCCAAACUCUUGAUGCCUCCAGCAGAAGAAUCAGCCUUGAACCAGAACCAGGCCUUUGUGCAGCAUCUGCAAGAGCCGGACUCACUGGUCGGGGCGUUGCCAGUGGUGCCGAUGGAGCCGCUGGCCUCCGCCAUCAUCAGCAGCAAAAAGGCCACGCCUCUGAGCCGCCCAGCGUCCGCUCAGGACCACAGUGACGUUUCCCCCCUUCCGUCAGAGCCAGAGGACCUGCCGCUCAACUGCUCCCCCACGCAGGACCAGGACUCUGGGAAACCAGCUGCAGAAGUCUUCUCUCCAGCCGCCCAGCCUCCGAUCGCCCAGCUUGGACCAGAAAGUUCAGCUCCUCAAUCUGGCGCUGAACCACAGGACCAGUUCCUGGUUUCUCACCGACAUCCAGCAUCCCAAUCCCUAAUUCCUCAGAACCAGCAGCAAAGUGGGCCGGCUGUUUCCCAGCCUCCGCCCCAAGCCCAGCCGUCUCCGUCUCAACCUAUGUCCUCGAGCCAUAGUUCCGCCCCCAGCGUCUCGGUGCCUCAGCAGCAGCCGGCGCCCGCACCUGCUGUCCUCUUCAAAGGUGGAGACGAGUCUGCUGUCCCGCAGCACAACAAGCCCACAGCUGCCUUGGUCGUGGAGAGUGAACCCUUCACUGUUGAUCCACCUUCUCCUUCAGCCCAGGAGGUCCCCGCUCAGGGGGCUCCUGUGGACGCCGCCCCCGUUCAGACCAUCACCAAGCUGGGGGAUCAAAUGGAGCCACAAAAGGAGGAGAAGCUCACACCAGCAAUGCGCCGGCACCGGUUCCAGCAGCAGCUGAUCUCGGACCACCGAGCUGUGCAGAACCCCCCCACUCGUCCAGCCUUCGCCUCCCUGAAGGACGCAGUUCGACAUCUGCUGCCGUAUCACACGAGUGCCGGUCACCUGCCCACUCAAGAAGACUUCAUUUUAGUGGACCAAGAGUUUGACUCCAUGUCCUAUUUCCUGCUGAAGCGCACCAAAGACAUGGUCAACAAAUACAGGCAGCUGUUGGUGAAGGAGACCCAGCAGGAGAGUCCAUCAGCGGAGAUGGUGAUGCUCGAGCGUCUCUUCCUGCAGGCCGAGCGGUUCUCUUUGGCCGAAGACAGACGGCGAGCUCGCCGAGAUCCAGAAACCUUCAUGGCGGCUUUGGCGGUGUCGUCCCCGCAUGGCUGUGCUGGCCCCUCCCACCCACAAUCCUCUGGUAGCUCCUUAUCGCCACCAUCCUGGACGCGACUUUCCGAGCGGCCCCCAGGACUGAAGACGUACCGCUCCAGCUCUCGCGGGGCCCUCAGGCUGACCAUCAAGCAGGAGUCCGGAUCUCGUAAGGUGGUCCACAACUCGGCCUGUGACCCCUGCUUCAAGAGGGACCAUGCGGGGCAGCUGACCAAUGGGGGCGGAGCUGUGAGUGAACGCAAUUGUCCAGCCCCCAACGGCGCUCUUCAGCAGCCCAACGGAGCUCUGAGCGGGGCUUCUGUCUCACAGAGGGCCCCCGCCUGCAAAUCAAAAGCCCCAAGUCCCCGAUCCGUGUCAGAACCAGAGGACAUCCUUGAUCCCAGAGAUGCCGGCGCCCCCAAACUGAAAUGCUUGCGGUCAGAAACACCCCCUCGGCCGGAGCGGCGCUUCAGCCCCCUGCCCCCACCUCUCCAAGAGGACAGCAUGUUGAACGAGCAUUUACAGAGUGCCAUCGACAGCAUCCUGGAGCUGCAGCGCCUGCAGGGCCCGCCUGCCCCCAGGGCCGCGGCGGGUCCCUCGCUGGACCAGGCUGUCCCCAGCAUCCUGGGGGGGCGCCUGUGAGCCGAGGGAGGCGGGGUCUUGGCGGACUGAGGGCAAAUGAAGAGGCGCUAUCAGGGGGUGUGGCACGAUUUGACGCUUUACUGUCAAAUGUAGAGAAGAAGGGAGGCGGAGCUUCGCCGUUUCGGAGGUUUAAGACGCGGCUGUGACCGUCAUCAGCAAACACUAUAUCACUAAUAGUGAGAAACGUGACAGCUAGAGAUUAUUCAAUAGUUUCUAAAAGAUUUUUUUUAUAAGUUUUGGAUUUCUUUGCAUAGUGCCAAGCUUCCAGGGUAUUUAUUUUGAUAAUCCAUGCCAAUCGUGGCUCAAGACCGCUGGCGAAUGCCUGCGACACGUGUGCGUGCGUGGAUGUGGAGAGCGUGGAAACCAGAAAGUCCCUCCGUCAUCUCGGCUUCGUGAACGAAACUCCAAAGAAUCUGAGACUUGUGCAUCCUGAAUACACCAGCAAACAUUUUUUAGCAUAAACUGUCCGGAGAAACUCGUGUUUCCGUGUUUGUUUUCCUGUUUUCGGACGGAUACAUGAUCUUGUUUUCUUGUGAGCGUAGAGGCGUCUCUCAAACGUCGUGUGUUAACAUGCAAGCAAUAAUGCCAUGGGUUCUUGGAGGACUUGUCGUCAAACCCUUCAUAGUUUAAACGAUAACAUUUCAAACCCGUUUCAAGGGCUUCAGAGGGACUUUUUGUCCAAAAACCCCAACAGAACCUGGAGCUCCAGCCUCUCUGAGUCAUUUCUCAGCCUAUGACCAAAAAACUCAAAAGCAGAUCUUCAUCCAUUGAAGCUUAGGUCACGUCGUUUCACCACAACAAAGCAAUACAUGAUUAUGCUCAGCAUCCCGUGUUAAUGUGACAAUCCAACCAGUCAGUAGAAAAAUGUGAACGUCUGCGUGGAGAUGAAUGUUAGCGUGAGGCCCAGGAGUCGACAUACGUUCAGUGUUUGCCGUUGAAAAAGUCGGACCGAAACUUUUGGAGCAAAAACCUGCAUGGAGUCACUUUUGUUUUAUCACAAAAUGAUUGGAAAGACUUGUGAUUAGUGGAGGAAAAAAGAUGGGCGUGGCUUAAAGACGUUUAUGCUUUUUAUUGGUUUGUUCUAAAAAUACACGACGAAGCAUCAUCUCAGAAAGUCUUGAGGAAUUCCUGACACGAAUGAGGAGAAACCCGUUGGAUCUGACGGCAAAAAACAGAAUUCUGAUUCCCAAACAACAACCUGAUCAAAAUGGUCAAAAACAAGAAAAUCGGCUUUUAAAAAAAAGGGGGAAAAUGUAAAAAACAAAAACGUGUAGAGCUUUAUGUCCUGUAAUUAGUUCAAACCGGAAGUCUACAUAAAGGAGAAAAGCUGGAAUUCCAGCUCUAAACUGGUUUUAAAAACGUUUUCUUCAAAAAUGUCUCGUUAGUGCGGGCAAAGCGGCCACACAGCCUCUACGUACAUUUUGCACAUUUUCAACAUACGAAACUUCGGUCUCUGGUGAUUCGUGCGUGAUCUACGUCAUUCAUAAGUGUUUCUUUCGUUCGUUGAUGUACGCAGAUGUCUGCCGAGGGUUUCAGCCGAUGUGUCUGCACGUGAAUUCGGUUUUACAUUUAAGAUUUACGCAGUUUACGCAUAUUUUACGUAACUUAUGCACAAUAAUUGUUUAAAUCUCAAUUUUGCGCGAUUUUUGCGAGAUGCAACUGAGUAUCUUUCCACGACCGUUCCACGUUUGUCUAACGGACUUUCCACGCAUGGAUAACUUUUAUAUCACGCAUACGGCGCACAUAUCACGGUAAAAUUAUGAAAUUGACACACGAAACACUAAUUUCAUAUAAAUUGCGCAAUAAUCCCGCACGGUUCAUGUUGUGCGUUGAUUUACGUGUUCUUUGCUUGGUUUAUUCGUACUUCUUCCGUGGUUUUAACGUGGUUCAUUCCUGUGAAAAUUUCAGGUAAAGACCACAACUUUUCUCACCUUUUCCACGUAUAUUCACGUAUGACCUGUUUUCCUCCAUGCAAUAUGUACGUGUUGGCUGUGACAGCCUGUAGCUAACACGUUUAGUUCAGUGACCUUCACUUCAUCGUCACCUUUCUGUGUUUUGCUUUUCCAAAAAGCUGAUAUAAUUUGUUCUUGGUCCACACAAAUAAAAGGACAAAGUCGUUAAAACAAAGUGAAAUUAAAGACCCGAAUGACUGAAUGAAUCUUUAUUAAGGCAGACAAGUAAGGGUCCCCAUCCUUAAGCGCCAUUUAAACAUUAAAUUAGAUUCUUAGUUGCCUAAAAAAACCUUCAGGUAAUUAAAAAAAACAAAAAACUAUUGCUUCUUUAGUUAAGUUUUUAAAUUCUUAUAAUCUGUGAUUUGACAGCUAAACAGCAAAAACUGAUCCUCAUUUUUAUUUUCUGUUUUGCAAGAAAAAAAUUCUUAAAUAAGUUUUUCAAAAGCAAAAUAUUCUUAGUUUGAGAUAAAGAAAUCCUAAAAUACUAAUUCUUACCCCCAUUUUCCUUAUUUAAAAGAAAAUCUGCUCAUUUUAGACUUAAUUUUAGGUUUUUGCUGUGCGUGUUUGGAAGUUAUAGCCAAGUUGACACUAAACAUUUUUUUCCUACUGAAAAUAUGCAAAACGUGAACAAAGAGACUAAAGAGUCGAAGGAAAGUCUACAAAAGAUAAAGUUUGGUCUCCUAUUGAUAAAAACAUGAAUUUUAUGUGAUUUUCUGUUUUGCAUUUAAUGGAUUUGUGUCAAUUAGACAAAACUGUCAAACGUUAGUCAAACAUGAAAUAUCAACCUUUCUACAACCAGUUUGUCCUGGAAUUUGAUUUUGUUUUAAGGAUCUUUUUGUGACUUUUAGAUGUUAAAUGAGACAUAAAGAGACAAAACUGACUCCAAGUUGCAGGUGUAAACGCAAUUAAUUUCGUUGUUAUUUUUAAAAUUCAAUAAAAUUACAUUUAUUUGAUGAAAAAAUCCGACUUUGAAGGAACAAACAGAACAGAUUUGGACCUGAAUCGAUCAAUUUCUUAAACUGCUUUGUCCUUAAGUGUUGAACAAAGUUAGCUUUGAUAUGCAGUAAUUUAUAGUUGCUUACUGAUGUUGCCGGACCUGCAGGUCCUGCAGGUCCGGCAGCAGAGGGGGUCGACCAAAUGCAGUAAAGAUGUCUUUCACGAGGUGGGAUUGCACUCUUCGUCGUCGCUGAACUUCUUAGAGGGGGAUUCCAGACAGACUGUCGUUGUAAACCUCCAUGAGAACGUCAACCUUGAUGGAAUCCUCCGCCGUUGCAGUGUUGUUUCAUUUCGUCAGCAUUUCUAGGACUAAAGGGAUCCUGCACGUUGAGCCAUUUCUAUUUAUUUAUUUAUUUGUUAGAUGUCCUUUAUUUAACGGAUCUUUUGCUGAACUUGUGGAACCAGGGGAGCUUUUAACUUUCCACCAAUUCAGACAAAAAAAAACUAAAACAUUUGACUGACGGAUUGUUCUGAUGCCAAAAUCAAGAGGCCUUAAUUCAGCAAAACUAGAUUGUAAAAGUUCCUGACAGAAGAAAAAAAAGUCUCCUCUGACCUGAAACGAGUCACGAGUGAUUCAUAUAUGAAAUGUUAAGAAAAACCACUUUUGUACUCAUUUUUACAGACUAUUUAUUAAACUGUGAUUUUGUAAGAAAUAAAAAGUGUGAAAUGGU